GAGACAAAGACAAACAAAUUCAUAAAAGAAACAAUUAUUUAGUGAAGAGAACUUCUCAUGGAAUUGAGUUAACUUCUUACACAGUGUGUCUUAUUUGAAAAUAUCGUGUUCAGUGAUUUUGUUUAAUGUUGUUUUUUUAAUAAUUUUUUUAUUAUAAUUUGCAUUAUUCAUAUAGUGUUCAUAGUUUAUUAAUACGCCUAUUUAAGACAUAUUUUAAUCAGCUUUAUUAGCAUAAACGUUAUAAAUAAGUCAAUGAUAAAAAAUGGCGCUCGUCAAAAAGUAUAUUGAUGAUUUUCAUGAUUUAUUAGACAAAAAUGCCGAUCCUAGGACAACAAAUUGGUUUUUAAUGUCAAGUCCGUUUCCAACAUUAGCAAUAUGCCUUACAUAUGUAUAUAUUGUAAAAGUUUUGGGUCCAAAAUUAAUGGAAAACAGAAAACCAUUCCAAUUACAGAAUACAUUAGUAGUAUAUAAUUUAUUUCAAGUAAUAUUUAGUUCGUGGCUUUUUUACGAGUGUCUGAUGGGCGGAUGGUGGGGUCAGUACAGUUUUCAAUGCCAACCAGUUGAUAAUUCAGAAUCUGAAACUGCCGUUCGAAUGGUUCAUGCAUGUUGGUGGUAUUACUUCUCGAAAUUCACAGAAUUCAUGGAUACUAUUUUCUUUGUGUUAAGAAAAAAGAAUAAUCAUGUGUCUACAUUACAUGUGAUUCACCAUGGAUGUAUGCCAAUGUCAGUAUGGUUUGGAGUAAAAUUCACACCUGGCGGUCACAGUACAUUCUUUGGAUUGUUAAAUACAUUUGUUCAUAUUAUUAUGUACUCAUACUACCUCCUUAGUGCCCUUGGACCACAAAUGCAAAAAUAUUUGUGGUGGAAAAAAUACCUCACAACAUUACAAAUGCUUCAAUUUGUGGCUAUUAUGGUACAUGCUUUCCAAUUAUUAUUUAUUGAAUGUAAUUACCCACGAGCAUUCGUAUGGUGGAUUGGUAUGCACGCUGUCAUGUUCUUCUUCUUAUUCAAAGAAUUUUACAAUCAAUCAUACAAAUCAAAACAAAAAAAAGACGCAGCAGCAGCAGCAGCUAAAUUAGCAAAUGGUGGUACUACACAAAAUGGUAUAUCAAAACAAAAUGGUAUCGCAAACAAUAAGUCCAUAGAUGGCCACAGUACUUAUAGUAGCAGCAGCAGUAGUCAUCAAGAACAAGACAAUUUACGUCAAAGGCAAAAAACAAAAUAACAUCGUGUUCAUUAGUUAUUUAGUUAGAUAUUACAAAAAAAUAAAAAUUCCAAAAAAAAAAAAAUUAA